CCAAUGAACGCGAGCAACGCGCUCCACAUCGACAGGAUGUCGAACAUCUACAACAACUCGGUGGUUCGAUUUUACGACUACGUCUUCCACGAUUUAUCUGAUCCUCGGACGAAAGACUGGUUCCUCAUAGCGUCACCGGUACCUGGUGCCAGCAUUCUAAUCGGUUACCUGUAUUUCGUCCUAUCCUGGGGACCGAAGCACAUGGAGCACAGGAAACCGUAUCAUUUGAAGAAUAUUCUAGUCCUUUACAACUUUCUGCAAGUUAUCCUCAGCUUCUGGCUGUUCUACGAGGGAUUGGACGCAGCCUGGCUGCGAAAGUACAGCUGGAAAUGCCAGUCUGUCGAUUACUCCAAUUCACCGGAAGCUCUCAGGAUUGCUAGAGGGGUCUACAUUUAUUUUCUGGCAAAAAUAUCCGAACUCCUCGACACGGUUUUCUUCGUCCUUCGCAAAAAGGAAAGGCAAAUCACAUUCCUCCACUUGUACCACCAUACCGUGAUGCCUAUGGUUUCCUGGGGCGCCACCAAGUAUUAUCCAGGAGGACACGGCACUUUUAUAGGUGUGAUCAACAGCUUCGUACACAUAAUCAUGUACACGUAUUACCUGCUAGCAGCCUUGCUACCUCAGUACCAGAAAUACCUGUGGUGGAAGAGGUACAUCACGACUCUUCAAAUGGGUCAAUUCUGCCUGGCGUUCCUGCACAGCUGUCAAUUGCUCUUCUACGACUGCAACUAUCCGAAAUGGUCGCUGAUACUGAUCCUGCCGAAUUCGACAUUCUUCUACUUCUUGUUCGCCGAUUUCUACAGUCACGCGUACAAGUUCGCCGACAGGAAGCGCUCGAAAUCGACGGAGGACAAGGAGAACGGAGUGGCGAAGGGGAGCACGAUGCAGAACGGGAAAGGGAAAACGGACUAG